AUGGUUUCAAAAAUUCUCACAAACGAUUAUGGUGUUGAUAACGAGGAUACUGAUGAUGACAACGCAAACUACAAUGAUGAAGACGACGCUGAAGAUGAUAAUAAUGACGAUAAUGAUGAUGGUAAUGAUGACGAAGCUGAGAAUGGUGACAGUGAUAACGAUACCGAUAAUGAUGGUAAUGUUGAUGACGACGACAAUCUCGAUGAUGAUAAUGACGAAGACGUGAAUGGUGACAAUGAUAACGAUGCCGAUAAUGAUGAUGGUAAUGUUGACGAUCACAAUGGCCAUGAAGGUGAUGAUGACGAUAAUACCAAUCUUAAAAAGUGA